GUUGGACAAGGGAAGCAAGGGAGGGAAACAUACAUGACAGCAAAGGAAGAAGGAUCAUUGAAAAUCCAAAACUGGACGCUAUGAUCCGCUAUAGGUUUUUGUCUCAAAAAUCUUUGAAUUUGGCAUAUGAAGCUGCAAGGUCUACAGAAUAUUCCUUGUUGAUGGACGAUGCACUUGAACUUUUUGGUAAGCAGCUAAAGGACAAAAUCUGCACCUCUACAAAUAUAUUGAGUGAAUCAGCACCCCAACCUGAUGUUCACCAAGAUGAGGCUUUGCUUAGUGCUGCACGCCUAAAGAAAAAAGAGGUUCAACCAAGAAGUUCGAAGAGACAUAGAAGCUGGCUUGACAAGACACGGAAGUAUAAAAAGAAAGUGCCAAAUAAAACUACUCAUGAAGAGGGUGGUUGUAAUGUAGAAAGUCAAGUACCACCUGACAAUUCUCAUGUGGAUUGCAAUGCCUUCACUAGCUUUAGAGAUUUGCUUACGGGUCCUAGCGAAAUUGAUGAUAUGCCUAUUCAAGAUCUUCUUUAGGGGUUACAGCAUCAUUUAGUAGCUCCUGUCAUGUGCAAGGAUAUUUUGUUCUUUUAUGAUGAUAUUUUGUUAUUUCAGGAUAAUAGGUGGAGCUCCUGGAGGCAUGCAAAAUAUAUGGCUAACUGUAGAAAUUAAUUGCAGUAGUAGCAGCUUUUGGUGGAACAUUUCGA